AAGAAACCGCACGCGAAUCAGGCGCAUGAGAAGACACUUGUGCGUGCGUGUAUUAGUGCGUCUGUGCGUGCGCGUGUGUGCGUGUGUGCGCGUGCGCGUGUGUCAUUGCUGAGUGACCCAGGAUGUCUCACUGCAGAUUGCUAGCGCGGCUCCUCUUGCAGCAGCAGCAGGUGGGAGUGAGACACUGUUACACGGCCACACGGAAGAGUCUCUACAUCAGCAAGGACACUAAAGUCAUCUGUCAGGGCUUCACAGGAAAACAGGGAACGUUCCACAGUCAGCAGUCUCUGGAUUAUGGCUCCAAGUUAGUCGGAGGCGUGUCUCCUGGAAAAGGCGGGAAAACUCACCUGGGUUUGCCGGUGUUCAACUCUGUGAAGGAGGCGAAGGAGGGGACAGGCGCCGACGCCACGGUGAUCUACGUCCCCCCUCCGUUCGCCGCGGCGGCCAUCAUAGAAGCCAUCGACGCCGAGAUACCGCUGGCGGUGUGUAUCACGGAGGGAAUCCCACAGCAGGACAUGGUGCGGGUCAAACACAGGCUCCUCCGCCAGAACGUCACCCGCCUCAUCGGGCCCAACUGCCCCGGCGUCAUCAACCCCGGAGAGUGUAAAAUCGGGAUCAUGCCCGGACACAUUCACAAGAAAGGAAGAAUCGGCAUCGUGUCGAGGUCGGGCACCCUGACGUACGAAGCGGUGCACCAGACUACGCAGGUGGGACUGGGCCAGUCUCUGUGUGUCGGAAUCGGCGGAGAUCCGUUUAACGGCACAAACUUCAUCGACUGUCUCGAGGUGUUCCUGCAGGACCCGAAAACGGAGGGCAUCAUCCUGAUCGGAGAGAUCGGGGGCGACGCCGAGGAGAACGCAGCCGAGUUUCUGAAGCAGCACAACACGGGUGCUAACAUUAAACCGGUGGUGUCGUUUAUCGCCGGGCUCACGGCGCCCCCCGGCAGGAGGAUGGGUCACGCCGGUGCCAUCAUCGCAGGAGGAAAGGGCGGGGCUAAAGAGAAGAUCGCCGCCCUGCAGUCCGCCGGCGUGGUGGUCAGCAUGUCCCCCGCCCAGCUGGGGAGUACCAUGCUGAAGGAAUUCGAGAAGAGGAAGAUGCUGUAACGUGGACGAGUCUUGUCGGUGCCACAGCAGUGUUUAUGUGUUUUUUUUUUUGUUGUUGUUUUUUUUUCCUCCAGUCUUGAAUCUCCAUCUUCUGGAGAAUUUUCCAGAACCAGAUUGUUCUUUUAUCGCAGUGAGAUAUCCAACGGUAACGUGAAGUUAUAACCGUUAGCGUUAAGGUUAACGUCGCAGGUGAGCGAAGGGGCGGUGUGCGUUACCUCCAUCUCCAUCUCUACCUCCACCUCCACCUCGUCCAUCAUCAGUCUCAUUACUGCAGAAAUAUAUAAUAUAACUCAAUUUCCUGCACUUCCUCCUCAGUGUGACGGGUUUUGUUCUUUCACUUGUGCGGACGUGUCGAGGCACCACUAGUUUUCACGUGAAUCCGUCUCCGUUCCUGUUUCCUCACCACACGAGUCAGAAAACAGUUCGAUACAGUUGAGAAAAGCUUGAAGCUCGAAUUUAAAUCGCCGGAGAACACACCAGCUCUCGCUUUGAUCGCUCCGGGACGCUCUGCCGUACCGUCUGUAUAUUUAUCCAAUUCCACAGCCGUCUCUGAACGUAUUCGUCAGCUCACGAGGCCAUUCAGCAGCGUCACUCGCGCUCGCUCUCAAUUCCAACCAAUUUGGAGUGUGUUAUUGAAAAUGGCCGCCUCGUGCCCCGUGUGUUAGAGGCUUUUAGAACGCCUCUGCGCUCUCACGUACGUGUUUAUUAAUUCUGACACGCCGCACUGCCACAGAUUGUAUCUUUCCCUCUUAAUGACAUGCGUUCACCAUUCUUUUCUUUUUUUUCCCUUCCCUUUCUUUCUUUUUUCUUUUCUGUUCCUCCGCGGAGGAAUGAAUGCGCCGGUUCGAUCUUUGCCAGGCGCGUUUUCGAAAACCACUCAUCAAAAUGUCAACGGGAAAAAAAAAAAAUUCAGAACAUCUGAAAAUCAAAUUUGCCGAACUACGAUAACAAUCAGACGUCCACAAUAUUCACGGGGUGUUAUUGUCUCCUCUCUGCGCCGAAAGACACGGGCUUUGAUUUAUAGAGAACGGAUAAAUAAUGGCCUGUAAUAAUGA